GCAUUUGCAAUGAACUAUUUUAUUACUUUCUUCUUUAUGCAUAUUGCUGUAUUGAAUUUUUAUUUUCGAUUUUCGAAUGGAAAUAAGAUUGUAAUGAGAGUCGGUGGUAGUCCUGAAACAAAAAGAUUGGAGCGAUCAAAGCGUCAAGCUUUACGCAUGGACAAUGAACCUCGAUGGCCUCGUGGAACUAUUAAUUAUUUUUUCGAUGAACAACGUUUUGAUGAAAAUUCGAGAGCAACCGUGCUGAGAGCAAUGGAAAAAAUAUCUAACCACACAUGUAUCAAGUUUUCUCCAAAAGAUGCACGAAUAAAACUUCGAAUUGUGAGUGAUAAAGGAUGCCAAGCGGCCAUUGGACGAGUUGGGGGAGAUCAGCAAUAUUUGAGUUUUCCUACAUCUUGCUAUAGUGUUGGAAGUGCAAGUGAGCUGAUUCAUGUAAUUGGCUUUCUUCAUUCUCAUCAAAGGGCUGAUCGUGACGAAUACCUUAAGUUGAACUUGCAACCAUGGAGAUUGAAUGAUUGGUUUCAAACAAUGCAGUAUAAAAAGUAUUUGGAUCAAUGGUGGAUUGUACCAUAUGAUUAUGGUAGUAUCAUGCAAUACCAUGAUUCUGAUAAUGAAUAUGGGCCUAAAAAUUCAAAAUACUUCCGAACAAUGGGUUCGCAAAUACCUUCGUAUUUCGAUUAUCUGAUGAUUAACGAAUACUACCAAUGUUCUUGUGAAGGGGAAGAACAAAUAAACUGCAAGAAUCGAGGGUAUCCAAAUCCAGGAAAUUGUUCUGAAUGCAAUUGUCCUCUCGAAUCAUCUGAAGAGUGGAAAAAUAUAACUCUAAAUUUGGAUGCGGGCUAUAUGUCAUUACAGAAUGGAACCAAACUUCACCAAAUAGAUUUCGUAUUCCGUUAUCUUUCUAUUUCCGCACCAGCUAAUAAGACUAUCGAAGUCGAUAUUCGAGAGAUUACUGGAGUAGAAUGCAAUUAUGGUUGUUACAUUGGUGGAAUUGAAGUUAAAACUCACGAAGAUCGACGAAUGACUAGUCCGAGACUGUGCUGCAAGAAUGAUAAUGAAAUAUACAAAUCACGAAACAAUCCAACAAUUGUUAUGGCAUUUAACUCAGAAGGACUUGAUAAAUAUAACAUUUUCUACAGAUUUACGGAUUGA